CUCUUUACCCUCGGAUCCUUCAUGACAGCCCAAUUGCUGGCGGGAUCUCCCUAUCUGAAACCUACCCCCCCGGGGCAAGGAUUGCGGAAAAAAUUCCUUUUCGAUCGGAGGUUGGGAUGAACCACCGUGCAUGGACCGACGGCAUCGCCUGGGCGGGUCGCUGCGUUGUCUCGUCAAUAAUGGCCCUGCUACACCGCACUUGAAAUGGUGCUGAUGCAUGACCAACUGCCUCAUUUUAAGAUGGCGCUUUCCACCGUCCCCCAUUCGCUCGCUGCCAAUUGGGCUCCUUCGUCUGCCCAUUCAUGCAGGCUGUCGAACGUCUGGAUAUCGAGGGCGACAUGUCAGCGAUCUGUAUUUAGCGUCAACUGACCCCACAUGUCCUGCCUCGGACACCACCCAGUCUAGGGAACAUGCGGUACGCAUAGCAGGGCCAUCAAUUGUUUCCCUCCCUUCCCCCCUGAUUUGCCCCUCCCGGACGUGCGUGUGUCAUGAUUCACCCGUCACAAUCUCUAUCCUGCCACCUCGAAACACAGUCGUUGAUGCCCAAUGCUUACCACGGCGGAAGAUCAUUGGACCCUGCCUGGUUGGGGAUCCAAACACGGCGGUCCACACCCAUUUUCCCUUGACGCGCCAAACUGUGAGUAUUCUUGCUUCCGGCCUAGCUCCCAGUGUAUUCGCAAUGGGUAUCAAUUCUUUCUCUCCUACGGAUCGGACCGCUUUCCGCCUCACCAGCCCCGAGGGGGCUGGAUGCAGUGCUUUCCUGACGCGCCGGCUUCUUUUUUUGGGCGUUUAUGUGACAUAGGCUCCUAGCUGGGCAUCUUUUCGCUUUCGCCCUCUGUUUCUUAUUUAAU